AAACAAGGAAAAUUCCAAAAAAAUUUUGAAAACCCUAGACUGUCCCCAACUAUUAUUUAUGACACCCUUUGAUGCCCUCUGGAUCAGCCUCUGCUCCUCUCUCUGCGUUGUGUACUUUGUCUUUCAGAACAUUUGAGAGAGAAAAACCAUGAUUCUUCCAAGCAACUUCCUCUCUCUACAGUCCUAAGUUUGAAAAAAAAAAAGGUGAAGAUAUGAAGGAUCGAUCUUCCAAGCAAGAAACAAAAGAAGGAAUGGAAAUUGAUAAAAUUAGUAACCUCAAAAAGCCACGUCUCUCUAGUGCUUAUAUCCGUAGCCUUGUUAAACAACUGACCUCUUCCAGAACCAAAGACCCCAUGAACCCCAAAGACCCUGACUCUGCUGAUGCUGAUGGUUUUAUUGGCCAAAAUUUGACCAAAUUUGGUGAAGGUUUUAUUGAAACAUCACAGAUCCGGCAACCCCAACCACCUCAACAACAUAAGAAACAGGUCAGGAGGAGACUUCACACCAGCAGGCGUUACCAAGAAAGGUUGCUAAACAUGGCUGAGGCUAGGAGAGAAAUUGUCACUGCACUUAAGUUCCACAGAGCUGCCAUGAAAAAAGCGAAUGAGCAGCAACAACAAGAGCUACAACAACAGCAAUUAGCACAGCCCUCUCAUCUUUCAUCUUCACCACCUUUUGAACAAAAAUCAAAGACAAAGUGUAGGAGAAAUCCUAGAAAACACCCAUCAAGCACAAGCAACUUCUCUGCUCAUAAUUUAGACAAUUUUUCCUAUUCAUCUUUCUCCCAACAUUACCCUCCUCCAAAUCCAUAUUCUUGGCCUGCUUCUCCGAUUCCUCUUCCAUAUGCCACAGAUACUUCGAACUUCACUCUACCAAACCAAACCUUAGGCCUAAACCUUAACUUUCAUGAUUUCAACAACAUAGACACAAGCCUUUACCAUAAGAGCAACAAGCCAUCAAUCUACUCUUCCUCAUCUUCAUCAUCUUCAUCUUCACCAACUCUAUCCGUUUUAACCGAAAAAGUUCCUUCAGUUGCACUAUCACAUGAAGUGGGGCCUACAGCUAUGGCUGAUUUAGCUGAAUCCUACGGUGGGGGAGGCCUGCAUCAAGCUAUGGAUGAUGAAGAAAUAGCAGAGAUCAGAUCAUUAGGAGAGCAGCAUCAAAUGGAGUGGAAUGACACUAUGAAUUUGGUAACAUCAGCAUGGUGGUUCAAGUUCUUGAAGACUGUGGAACUUGGGCCUGAACUGAAAGCUGAGGAUGAUGGGUCCCAACCAUUUGAUCAAGUCUUGGAAUUUCCUGCCUGGUUGAAUACAAAUGACAGCUGCUUGCAGCAGCAUUUCAAUGAUGUUUGCCCUAAUUACUGCUUCCAGGAUCCUGCCUUACCUUGUAUGGACAUUGGAGAAAUUGAAGGAAUGGAUGGGGAGUGGCUGGCUUGACAAGGAUUGAUUAUGUUUUUAAUUGAUCAAAUCUUUGGCAUUGGCUCACCUUUUGUUUUCAUUUUAAUUCAGUCCCUUUCUUCCCUCUUUUACUGGUGGCAUUUUAGAAAUCUUAUAAGCUAAUAAUAAGGCUUGCAGAUAUGUAAAAGGUGGCAUGCAGGUCAUUGAGGAAAAUAAUAUGUACCAAGAGAUGAGUUCGCUUUUUCCUCUACCUGUUUUCCAAUAUCAACAAUCUUUUAAUUUUUGUCUUCUUCUAGUUUUACAGGUGCAUGCCUUUCCAUAUAUAUA